AUGGCUGAAGCAGACUCCAUCAUCGCCAGUCUCAACGACAUCGACACCUCGUUGUUCGAGAACGGGACAGACCGCAUCCGCGUGAGAGAUGCCUUGUACAACGCCCUCCGCCGAUUGCAAACCCCGUACGACAUCGCCUGGGACCACGUCAUAACCCGCAGCGCCGGCAACGCCGCCGUCAAGACCCUCAUCGACCUCGGCGUCUUCACAAAAUGGGCUGAAGCGGGCGGCAAGCCCAUCACCUGCGCCGAGCUCGCAAAGCUCACGGGCGCAGACGAGACUCUCCUCAGACGCAUGAUGCGGUGCAUCGCGGGCCAGUAUCUCAUCAUCGAAACGGACCUCGACACGUACGCCCGCACGCCCUGGGCCGAGGCCAUCGCCACCGACCAGGGCCUGCGCGCGUGGUACGGCGCCUUCUUCCACGAGCUCGUCGGCCCCCUCCUCCGCACCCUGCCCGACUUCCUCAGGGAGUCCGGGUACAGGAACCCGACGGACAACGCGAACUGCAACUUCCAGCACUGGCAGGGCCCGGACUCGAUCUUCUUCCAGUACGUGGGCACGAACCCCAAGCUGACCGGCGACUUCAACGACGCCAUGGAGGGCAACUCGCGGGGCAACCUCACGGACUGGGACAAGGUGUACCCCACGGAGAAACUCCUCGAAGGCGCGAUACCCGGUCGUGCGGUCGUGGUCGACGUCGGCGGGGGAAAGGGGCAUGAUCUGAAGAAGUUCCACCUCAAGCAUCCUGAAGUGGCGGCUAGCGAUCUCGUCCUGCAGGACAUUCCCUCGAUGCUGAAGGGCGUCGAGAAGGACCCGGCAUACACGACGCAGGAGUACGACUUCUUCACGCCGCAGCCGGUAAGGGGCGCCAGGGCGUACUUCAUGCACGGCAUCCUGCACGACUGGCCGGUGGACAAGAUCGAGGAGAUAUUGAAGAACAUCACAGACGCGAUGGAGAAGGGGUACUCGAGGCUGCUGAUUCAUGAGAACAUGAUCAACGAGAGGAACCCUGUGGGGCGGGUGACGACGUUGGAUGUGCUGAUGAUGGCGGGGAUGGCGGCGGCGGAGAAGACCGAGGGGGAUUGGCGUGCCAUUGUUGAGAAGGCUGGGAUGAAGGUUGUGAAGAUUUGGAGGGGUAUCGAUAUGGGCGAGGGCAUCGUCGAGGCAGAGCUGGCUUGA